AUGAGCAAAACCGCUACCGUCACGGUCGAGACGCCGGUGGUCACAUCGUCGGCACGCGGCCCACCCCCGACGAUUCGGGAGAUUCGAAAUGCCAUUCCCGAGCACUGCUUCCAGCCCAACAACUUGAAAUCAGCGGGCCACGCAGUAUUCGAUGUAUCUGUCGCUGUCCUCUUUGCGCUCGUUUCCUUCAAGACCAUUCCAUUGGUAGCCUUUGCACCUGCUCGCUGGCUGCUAUGGGCGCUGUAUGGCUACAUUGAAGGCCUCAUCUUCACUGGAGUCUGGAUCGUCGCUCACGAGUGUGGCCAUGGAUCGUUGUUCUCGACCAACCUGUUGAAUGACACCUUCGGAUUCGUUCUUCACACCAUCCUCCUGGUGCCUUACUUCCCGUGGAAGUACACCCACGCUCGUCACCACCGAUACACCGGCCACAUGGAGAAGGAUACUGCAUUCGUACCACGUCGGGCUGGAGAAGAGUCUAUCGUUGCAAAGAUCUCGGACGCGCUUGGACAUGCCGAUGAUACUCCAAUGUACAUGCUGGGAGGUCUGAUCCUCCACCAGUUGCUCGGAUGGCAGGCAUACCUUCUCUUCUACGUGAGCGCUGGCAACAAGUCAACUCCGAAAGCUCUUGGGGAAAGCCGUGYAGGAAGCCACUUCGAUCCAAUGGCUAACCUGUGGACACCGUCGCAGCGGCCAUUCGUCUUCCUUUCCACGGUUGGCCUUGGCGUUGUGAUGUUCGCUUUGUACCAGAUGGUGGGGCUGAUUGGCCUGACAAGCACCCUUCUCAUUUAUGGACAGCCAUACAUGUGGGUCAACAACUGGCUAGUGGCCAUUACUUACCUGCACCACACUCACCCGGACAGCCACCACUACGAGGCUGACCGGUGGACAUUCCUGGACGGAGCAUUGACCACCGUCGAUAGGCCGUUUGGUUUCAUCGGUCGCAAGGUGUUCCACGGAAUCAUUGAUUUCCACGUGGUGCACCACAUCUUCCCAUCCAUGCCCUUCUACCACGCAGAGGAAGCGACAAAGGCAAUCCGCCCGGUCCUCGGCAGCUACUACAACCGCGAUGAGACCCCAUUCUGGAUUGCGCUCUGGAGAACGUUCAACAAGUGCAAGACGGUACAGCCCAAGGAGGGUCAGCACGGCGUGCUUGAGUGGAGCAGUACCCGAGUGAAGAGCUCUUGA